AUGUUUGUGAGCAAGAGGAACUUAACCUCCAAGCUCAAAAAUUGGUGGUUUCCAACCCCACCGCCCUCCCCUAACUCGACAGCAAAACCAUACCCGGAGGCAUACUUUCGUCGCCGACUUUUCUUGUGGAUGCCCAUGCGUAUGUGGGAUAUCGUCCUCCAAUGUCCCACAUGCAAUAUACCUGCAAGGACUCUGCAGUCCAAAGGCAUUUACACCCGUGUAAGGCUAGUCCUCGAAAUCAAGGACUAUUAUUACUUGGCUGCAGAGUACCACUUCUGCAAGGGUUGCAACAGCACCUUUAUUGCAUGGGAUAAGAGGAUCCUCGACCUCCUGCCUGACGGAGUGAGGAACAAGUUCCCGGUGGUACUGACAUAUAUGUAUGCCUGUGAUGUGUCUGUGAUUUCUUUUCUGAGAUCUCGAACCCUUGGCAACAGUCCCAGCGCUCUGCAAAACAACAUCUGUGAACUCCACAGCGAGGAAUGGAUGCGAAAGUGUGUGAGCUACCUCAGCGCCUGCAAACAACACCGUGCAGCUGCUCACACUUUUGGCCAGUCACCUGUAGAGUACCAGAAGGAGCAACAAUUGAAGAAUCCACCCAGUGCCAGGUGGUUUCUUGCCCGUUAUGUACGAAAUGUGUACAACAGGCUUGAUUACCUCAGGGCGGUCACCACUUCGAUGUAUGGGAGGGUUUUGAAAAUUGACUCCACCAAAAAGAUCACCAAGAAGCUGCAGGGAGCCAAGGGCGGCAAUGCAAGCAGGGUCACCAACGUGGGUAACGAGAAGGGGGAGGAGUUGAAUUCCAUCGUUACAACAUCUGAGAGCAUGGGGUCUCUACAAGUGAUGGCCGAUUGGCUAAUCAAUAGGUUUUCACGAGCAGGUGUGACUCCACCUGUGCUUCUUUACACCGACCGUGAGUGCUGCAGCACUCAGGAAGGAGUAUCGAAGUUACAGCUGUUGUUUCCUGCUUGGGAAAACCUGUUGGUUAGGCUGGACAUCUUUCACUUUAUGAGACGCCUAGCUGUGGGCGUCACCAGUGAGAGCCAUCCGCUGUACUCUGUGUUCAUGGCGAGUUUGUCGAGGUGCAUAUUCGAAUGGGAUCAGCAAGACCUUGAAUCCCUAUAUGCGGCCAAGAAAUCCGAACUCGUCGGGAACGGCGUUAAGAACCCGUCGUCCGAGGCCGUCAGGAGUGCAGUCGGAAAGAAAGAACUGGCUCAACACUGUCGAAGACGCACCAGGGGUGUUGAGACCACCGAUUCGUUGCUGGACUCGCUGUUUACCACCAUGGCAACAGCAACAGAUGUGCUAGGGGUCCCUUUGUUCAGGGAAGAGAUGGUGACGGAGAUCUGGCCCGAGCAAAGAAGGCACAUCCUGUGCAUCCAGGAUCCACCCGGAAUACAACUGUACACCGAGGUUGGCCAGAUUAAGAAGGGAGGUAAAAGCCUUCCAGUGUACAGGUGUGCACGUGGAACAACAUCUUUGGAAAGCUUCCACUUACAUUUGGCAAGGUUCAUUCCAG